UGUCCCUCCGAAACAAUCGCUUAAACUAGCGGAAUAUAACUUUCAUCUUGACCUUUCUCUUCCAAUUUUCCCUCUCCAUCAUAUAAAUAAAACACAACAUUACCUUCUCUUCUCCCUCAAGUUUCCUUCCUGUUCAGCCGCGGCGUAUUACCGCGGCCGACCUUCUUAACUAUCAUCAUCCUCUUUACACACACAAAACCAAAAAAACUAUAGAAAGAUUAAAUAAAUAAAAACAAUAUUGAUUGUUGUUUCCAAGGUAACAAGACAAGAAUGAAAUUUUUUAAGGAAGGUAAAACUUCCUCUUACCAAACACUUUUAUUAUUGUUGUUGUCGUGUGUAUUUGUGUUUUCGGGUUUGGAAAUUUGUCAUGGACAAUUUGACGACUAUGACGUAGCAACACCACCACCACCACCUAAGGGUCUUGACACCUGCAACGGAAUAUUUCUAACCUAUAGUUUGAAUUCAAGGGAGAAGGAAUGGCCCCACGUAAAAAAUGUGGCGAAACAAGCGUGGGCGUUUAAAGCUGAAGCGUCAUUGACGAAUGUUGGAGAUGAGGAAUUGAAAGGUUGGCAGAUGUAUAUUGGGUUUCAGCAUAAGGAGGUUCUUGUUUCAGCCGAUGGGGCUGUUCCGGUUGACUCGGAAGAUUUUCCGGCUGAGGUAGGGAAUGGCACUACAAUUGCUGGGAGUGCUAUGAUGGAUUUGAAGACUGCAAUUUCAACAGCUAAUGAUUGGAAUCAAAUCGCUGUUAGGAUUCAGAUGAGUGGGACUCAGUUUGGACUUGGUAAAAGUGGUAAACCUAUGCCUAAAACUAUUAAGCUUGUUAAUGAUGGCUUCAAAUGCCCCAACCCUAGUCGUCAAGGUACAACAAUGUUUGUAUGUUGCAGAGUGGACCCAAAAGCAAAAGCCAAACUAAAGAAGAAAACAAAGUUCAUGCCUCGUCGCUACGGAGAUCUAACCAUAGCAUACGACAUACUUCAAGCCUUCCAAUCGAACUACUUUGCGCAAGUAACCAUAGACAACAAUCACCCAUUAGGUCGUCUUGAUCAUUGGAACUUAACAUGGGAAUGGCCAAAUGGAGAAUUCAUUUCCUCGUUGAAAGGCGCUUACGCUCGCAGGAAAGAUCCUUCGGAAUGUUUAUAUGGUCCUGCUGGAAAAUACUAUGGCAGCUUAGAUUUCUCACAAAUUGCAAACUGUCAAAAGAAUCCUAUUCUCUCUGAUCUUCCAGCUGAAAAAGAGUUAGAUGACAAAGUUGGUAAAUUACCUUUUUGUUGUAAGAAUGGUACUGUUUUACCACCUGUUAUGGAUAAGAACAAAGCAAGAUCACUUUUUCAGGUACAAGUUUACAAAAUGCCACCUGAUAAUAAUAACAGAACAGCACUUACACCACCAAAGAAAUGGAAAAUUGAUGGUGUUAUUAACCCUAAAUACACAUGUGGAGUACCAGUUAGGGUUGAUCCACAACAGUUUCCUGAUCCAACUGGACUUAACGCAAUUUCAACGGCUGUUGCUAGUUGGCAAAUUGUUUGCAACAUUACCAAACCAAAGCCGAAAGAGAAUCGCUGUUGUGUUUCGUUCUCGGCUUUCUAUAAUGAAUCUGCCAUCCCUUGUAACACUUGUGCAUGUGGUUGUCAUGAUACAAGGAAAUGUAAUCCUAAUGCUUCACCUUUACUUCUUCCACCUGAUGCACUUCUUGUCCCUUUCGUGAAUAGAACCGAAAAGGCAAAGGCUUGGGCAAAACUCAAACAUCGUCGUAUUCCGACUAAGUUACCUUGUGGAGAUAAUUGUCCUGUUAGUAUUAACUGGCAUGUUAGUUCAGAUCACAAGGAAGGCUGGACAGCUAGGAUUACACUUUUCAAUUGGGAGGAUUCCUCUUUUGAAGAUUGGUUCACUGCAAUGAAGUUCGACAAGGCUUUCGAAGAUUUUCAAGAUGUUUAUUCAUUUAAUGGAACAAGAAUUCCCGGUAUCAAAACCGUUUUCUUUCAAGGACUUAAAGAUAUGAAUUACUUAGCAGGAGAAACUAAUGGAACUCAUGAAUAUGAUCCAAGGGUGCCAGGGAAACAACAGUCUGUGAUUGCUUUUCAUAAGAAACACACUAAAAAUUUCAACGUCGAGCGUGACGCUUUUCCUUCUAAGGUAUACUUCAAUGGAAUGGAAUGUUCAAUGCCUCCACGUAGACCUACUAAAAGUGCAGGACAUAAAUCUUCUAUCAGCAUCGUUGCAGUCGUCUUCACAGCUUUUAUGACAUUUUUGCUCAUGACUGAUCGCUUUUUCUGAGAUAUUGUUGUUGCUGUUAUAGUUUGGAAACUGUGGCUUUGGUAAAGAACUGCAUUUUGAGUCUCAUCAUCGAGAUAUUGUGUGUGCCUAUGACAGAUCGAAUGAUGAGUGAUACAGCUUCUUUCUGUAAAAGUACAUAACAGUAUAUAUGAUCGAUACAAGAUUGUGUGGAACUUUAAAAGUUCAGUACAUACAAAUCUAGUUCAUAUUAUAUAUUAGAUGGCCUUUUUGUGUAUUAAUUAUUAGUUCAAGUUGGUAGCCUAAUUUUCUUUUUCAAAAUCUUCUCAUAGAUUUGAAUUUGAAAUUUUGGGGGAGGUGGAGGGUGAGGGAGGGGACUAAUGCUUCCAAGAACUUCAAUCUUAAUAUUUUCUAUGUCAUGAUUACAUAGAACUUGAAAAUUUGAAAUUUCUAAAAGGCAGACUUGCAUUUUUUUUAGACAAAACAUUUACCAAAUUUCGCUCCGCUCCUGAUAAAGUCAGCAAUUCACUUUAGAGAAUAAAAUAAUUUCAACGGUUGAUAAAAAUCAAUGGCCGCACGGUAACCCUAUACAUCUGAGUUUUUUAUGUAUGCGUAUAGAUUAUCAACCGAUGUCUUGUUUCAUUAAUAGUUUAUAUCACUUUACCUUCUAAAGUGAAUUGCGAAUUUUAGAGAGCUAAAUAUUUUUCUUUCUAUUUCACAUAUAUUUGGACCAUAAACUUAUUUUCAUAUCAAAGUAUGCUAGAAAGAAUUCAUCCAGAGCAAUAUUGAAGCUAUGAAUAAAAGAAA